AUGAAAGUCCAUUCUCUAUCUCUUCUUGGGGCUUUGGCUGGCCUGGCUAGCGCUUCGAGCCAGGGUCUCAUCUCCAAUGGUGAAACCACACUCAAUACGACCGAGAAAAUCAAGCUCAUCACUGGUAGCAGUGUCAACACCACCGAUGGCGAAAGCUUCACAGCCCUUGAAUUCCUCGAUGGAAGCAUGGGUUUUCAGGAUUAUUACUAUGUCUCGGCUUUUACCGUCGCGACCGAGUUCUACCUCAAAAGCAUUCCGGUCGUGAAUGGGCCGACUUCUCAGCCAUUGGGCCGGACUUUAUGGGGUGGACGUCUGGUUGAGACUUUUGGCUCUGACCCAUAUUUGAACGGUAUCGCAACGGGCCUCGGCUCUAAGGUGUACAAGGAUGUGGGUGUCAUUGCUAGUGCUAAGCAUUCCAUCUUGAACGAGCAGGAAACCAACCGCACGAGCUCCGGAGGUGGCGGCGGUGCAGGCGGAGGCCCUUCCUUUUCUUUAAGCUCCAAUUCCUCGAUGAGUUCUGCGAACGCUUCUAGGUCUUCUUCUUCCGGUGUCAGUGGCAUGGGCUCUAUGGGUGCUAGCUCAUCUUCGUCAUCCUCUUCUUCCUCUGGUGCUUCCUACUCUUCCAAUGCCGAUGAUAAGACUUUGCAUGAGACCUACCUUUGGUCCUUCUAUGAAGCCGUGCACUCCGGCCUCGGUGCCGUGAUGUGUGCGAUGACUCAAGUUAACAACACUCUUUCCUGCGAGUAUUCAUCGCUGCUGAUGAAACUCUUAAAGACUGAACUUGGCUUCCCCGGCUUCGUUUUCCCAGAUACCAAUGCCCAACAGCAUACCCUUGCUUCUGCGGCUAAUGGUCUUGACUAUGGUUCUGCCAGUCUGUGGACGACCUCCACAAUUGAGGGACAUCUGAAGACGAUUAACCUGACCAAGGCCCGUCUCAAUGACAUGGCUAUCCGCAAUCUCAUCGGUUAUUACCAUGUCAACCUCGACAACGGUACUCAGCCAUCAACUGCCGAAGAGGAUGCGUACAACUGGAACAUGGUACUUUUGACAUCGAUAAGUCUGGUCUGA